GCUGCGCCCCAGCCCAGCAGCUCAGACGCGGUCGCACCCUCGUGGACGGUAGAGGCGGCAGAGACCUAGAGCCCGCGUCGCAGUUCGCGGCCACGUAGAGGCCGGGCGAGCCCGGGCACCGGGACCCGGCCCAGGCUCGGCGAGCAGCUCUGCGCGCGGCUGGGGUCAUGGUAUACUGAAAAAGCACUCAAUCAAGAGAAAUCUGGGGGGAGCUGGAAACUAUCAAGUUAUUGAGGCCACACAGGGGGCAGAAAAGAUAGAGCCCCUGGGCCACAGACCACCAUGGAUGUGCACCUCGAUAACCCUGGGGGUCAGGAGAGCACAAGCAACAGCGGCAAGGGAAGCAGCAGCACAGGAAACCAGCAAGAUGUUGCUAUGAGGACAGAUUCAUCAAAAAUGACGGAUGUGGAGCCUGUGGUCAACAAUUUUGCAUCAUCAGCAAGGGCAGGCCGCCGGAAUGCUCUAGCAGACAUCCAGGGUUCAGCUGCCAUGGGCGGAACCUCGGAGUUGCCCCUCAAACCGGAGGUCCUCUCCGGGAAGGAAGCCAAAGGCUAUCUUGAAGAGAGUAAAAGGAUUGGGAACACAAAUUUAUACAUGGAAGAUAAACACAUUGCUGAAAGAAGUAUUACACUUUUGAAUAAAUGGAGCUAAAACCUUAUGGUUUCUAAAUGGAAAGACUGCAUGUAAUAGUGAUUCAAUCUUUUCUGGAAAAUUUAUAAAUUUUAACUCAAUUCUGACCUGUUAAAAUUUUCAGAAGAUGUUUAAAGAGACAGAAUGACUAUUCUCUCCUGAAGGAUCCCCAAGAUCUUGAACUGAAGCAUUACUUCAAUAGUUUAUGACCCAUCUCCUCUUUGAUAAAAACUGUAUGCUUUCUCUUGAUUUUUAAGUCAAAACAAUGGCAAUUUUGAACACAGUUUCUUAAAGAGAACACAUCCUCUCUUUCCACGCUCAGGAUCCUCUCUCUCAGGGAAGGAAUGUGUGUGUGUGUAUGUGUAUGUAUCUUUCCUAUGAGUUGAAAGUCAUUGCAGGGAUGGUUCAAUAUCCACAAAUCAAUCAACGUGAUAUAUACCACAUUAACAAAUUGAAGAAUAAAAAUUGUAUGAUUAUCUCAAUAGUUGCAGAAAAAGCUUUCAACAAAAUCCACAAUCCAUUUAUGAUAAAAACCCUCAACAAAGUCAGUACAGAGGGAGCAUACCUCAACAUAAUAAAGGCCAUAUAUUACAAACCCACAGCCAACAACAUACUCAAGGGUGAAAAGCUGAAAGCAUUUCCUCUAAGAUCAGAAACAGGACAAGGAUGCCCACUCUCACCACUUUUAUUUAACACAGAAUUGAGAGUCUGAGCCACAGAAAUCAAACAAGAAAAAAAAAUUAAAAGGAAUACAAAUUGGAAAGGAAGAAGUAAAACUGUCAUUCUUUGCAGAUGACAACUAUAUAUAGAAAAUCUGAAAGAUACUACCAAAAACUAUUAGAACUAAUAAAUGAAUUCAGUAAAGUUGCAGGAUACAAAUUUACCUACAGAAAUAUGUUCAUUUCUAUACACUAGCAAUGAACUGUCAGAAAGAGAAAUUUAAAAAACAAUCCCAUUUACAAUUGCAUCAAAAAGAAUAAAAUACAUAGAAAUAAAUCUAACCAAAGAGGUAAAAGACUUGUACUCUGAAAACUAUAAGACACUGAUGAAAGAAAUUGAAGACAAUACAAAAAAAAUGGAAAAAUACACCAACUUCAUGGACUGGAAGAAUUAAUAUUGUUAAAAUGGCCAUACUACCCAAGACAAUUGACAGAUUCAGUGAAAUCCCUACCCAAGACAAUUGACAGAUUCAGUGAAAUCCCUACCAAAAUACCAAGGGGAUAUUUCUCAGAACUAGAACAAACAAUUCUAAAAUUUGUAUGGAAACACAAAAAAAUCCAUAUAGCCAAAACAAUCUUGAGAAAGAAGAACAAAGCUGGAGGUAUCAUGCUCACUUAUUUUAAACUAUAGUACAAUGUUUCAUUAAUCAAAAUAAUAUGGUACUGGCACAAAAACAGACACAUCAAUGGAACAGAAUAGAGAUCCCAGUAAUAAACUCACACUUAUAUGGUCAACUAAUCUACAACAAAGAAGGCAAGACUAUACAAAGCUGCAGGAAAGACAGCCUCUUCAAUAAACCAUGCUGGGAAAAUUGGAUAGAUACAUGCAAAGGAAUCAAACUGGACUACUUUCUCACACCACAUACAAAAAUAAACUGAAAAUGGAUUAAAGACUUAAAUGUAAGAGCUGAAACCAUAAAACUCCUAGAAGAAAACAUUGGCAGUAUGCUCUUUGACAUCAGUCUCAGCAAUAGUCUUUUGGAUCUGUCUCCUCAGGCAAGAGAAAUGAAAGCAAAACUAAACAAAUAGGACUAUGUCAAAUUAAAAAGCUUUUGCACAGCAAAGGAAACUACCAACCAAACAAAAAGGCUGCCUAUUGAAUGAGAGAAGAUAUUUGCAAGUGAUAUGUCUGAUAAGUAGUUAUACAAAAUAUGCAAACAAUUCACACAACUCAAAUAAAAAAAAAUUUAAAAAUGGGCAAAAGACUUAAGCAGACAUUUUUCCCAGGAAGACAUACAAAUGGCCAACAGACACAUGAAAAGAUGCUCUAUAUCACUGAUUAUCAGGGAAAUGCAAAUCAAAACCACAAUAAGCUACCAACUCACACCUGUCAUAACCACUAUCAUCAAGAAAACAACAAAUAAGUGUUGGCGAGGAUAUGGAAUAAAGGGAAUCCUCUUGCACUGUUGGUGGGAUUGUAAAUUGGUGCAGAAACUAGGGAAAACAAUAUGAGGUUCCUCAAAAAAUUGAAAAUAGAAUGACCAUACAAUCCAGCAAUUUCACUUCUGGUUAUUUACUCGAAAAAAAAAAAAUAGUAAUUCAAAAAGAUAUCUGCACACCAAUGUUUAUUGCAGCAUUAUUUACAACAACCAAGAUAUGGAAGCAACCUCAGUGUGCAAUGAUAGAUAAAUGUAUAAAGAAGCUGUGAUAUAUAUAUACACACACACAGACAAUAGAAUUUUAGUCAUAAAAAAAUGAAAUCUUGCCAUUGUGACAACACGGAUGGAUCUAGAGGACAUUAUGCUAAAUGAAAUGUCAGACAGAGAAAGACAAACACUAUUUGAUCUCACUUUUAUGUGGAAUCUAAAAAACGAAACAAACAGGCAGACAAAAUGACAUGAAAACAGACUCAUAAGGUAGUGGGAGGGGAGAAAUAGGUGAAGGAGAUUAAGAGGUAUGAAUCUCCAUUUAUAAAAUAAAUAUGCUGUGAGGAUGUAAUAUACAGCAUAAGGAACAUGGUCAAUAAUAUUGUAGUAACUUUGUAUAGGGACGAAAAUAAGUUUUUGUAGGCUUAUUGUGGUGAUCAUUUCAUAGUUUAUGCACAUGCCAAAUCACUAUGUAAUAUACCUUAAACUAACAUAAUAUUGCACAUCAACUAUAUUUCAACAACAAAAACAGAAAAGUAUUUGUCCUUGUUCAGAAACUGGACUUUGAUCCUGAGGAUCUGGAAACACAAUUUGACAGCAAACCUUGAUCUUGUCUCAGGGACAGACACAAGUCAACUAGGCUGCCAUGACUGAUAUAUGCAAUCAGAAUUUAUUGAUUUGCAAGAGAAAUAUAAUUGCAGAGUAAAUUGGGUUCUCAAGUCCAUUGACUAAUAUUUUCUCUUCCUGCAGACAAGUAGCACAUGAAAAUGGUAUAAUGAAAAUGACCAUCGAUUGAUUUUCAAAAAGAAAAUCUCUUCUACAUUCACAAUAUGAUGAAAAAAAAUUUGAGCCACCACUUUUUUCAGUAACUCUGUAACAUUGCUCUAUAUUUAUUUGGUAACUAAAUGCUACAAUGCUACUAUGAUC